UUUUGGAGGAAAUCGGGUGUCUUUCUUGUUCAUUAAAGAUAAAGUAAUCAGUGAUUAUGAAGCCCUACUUAGCAUUGUUGGUGACUGCGUUUGGGCUGGGAUUGGUUUGUUCUGUUGUCCGGAUGGAGAACGUAACAUCCACUGACAACUCAAUACGUGGUGAAAAUACAACAACGAACACAACGUAUUCUACGAUUAAAAAUGCAACUAAACAGGGAUCAAUUUACACAACAGAUUCAACGACAAUAAAUCCAACUAGACAAGAAGUUACAAAAUCCGAUUCAACUAAAACAGAAGUAACAAAAACAACAGUCUCGACGCCGAGAAGUGCAUCUAUACCAGAAGUUACAAACAAAUCAGAUUCAAUAAACAAAAUGAUAACAGCGUCAUUUAGCACAACAUCAAACGCUUCAUCGACAAGGACACCAACGAUAAUACCUAGCAUAACAACUAUCACAACGAUAACACCUACCGCAACGAUAACACCUACCGCAACGAUAACAACUACCACAACGAUAACAACUACCCAAAAGAUAAAACCUACCAUAACAACCGAACCAGAAAUAAAAGAACAAAAAUCAUGUAACGAGAUGCCUUCGUCAACAAAACAAAAUCCAUCACUUACUCCAAUCCAAGACCAAUCUGAUGUCAUCAAACUAGUAGAAAAAGAGCAAAAACCAUGCAACAGGACGCUUCCGUUACUGUCGCCGGAAGAAAUACAUAAACUUAGGAUGGUCUUCUUUGGGCUGCCGAUUGGUUUAGCUAUUGUUCUGCUUGGUCUGCUGAUCGCUGUCCUGAUAUACGUAACAAGAAAACAUCUAAAGAAACGUCAAGGAAUAAAUUCAUACUUUCUAGAUGAAGAGACUGGAGGCGGUAUAGAGGAUAAAGAAGGUAAACCUGUUGAAGAAGGACAAGAAUCCAAAACCAAAGACGCCGAGGGUAAAAGCGAAGAUCAAAAAGAAAAGACAGAGCAAGACCAAAAGGCCGAGGAAAACACCGGACAAAUUUCUGACUCGAAGACAGAAGAGAAGACAGAAAACGAAAAUGGGACAAAACAGGAAAAGAAAACAGAAGAAAAUUCAAAUCAAACGUCAACGGAAACAUCAGAGCAAAAGGUAGAGGCAAAUGUUCAGAAGGACAAAGAAAUUGAACAAACACCCCAAACCAAAGAAGAAAACAAACCUGCAGCUCUCUCAGCUGAAACAGGUAUCGCAUCAGAACAAAAUGUAACUUCAAAACCCACAGAACCAGUGAAGAACGGAAAGGAAACCACGGAUGAAAAGAGCAAAGAAUUGACGGAUAAAAAAGACCCGAACGUUGAAAAGACUGAGAAAGAGGCUGGAGCAGAUGGAACUACGAAGACUGAAGACGAUGCUGAUGCAUUUCAGACGUCGAUUGAUAUUUUGACCUCGUUUAUUAAGGAAACUGAGAAUAUCUGCGAAGAGAAAAAGAAUGGAAAUGAAAAGAAAGAUGAAGAAAAUAAAAAAAUUGAGCCAACUGAUUCAGCGUCAGGGGACACUAAGAACUUGACGGAUCAGAACAGUGGUGGGGCGCUUGAUUCCGUCAAAUCGACAAAUGACCAAUUAAAAGCAAGCACUGAAAAAACGGAAGUUAACGCUGAAACAAUACCGGACAGCAGUUCAGUGACAGAAAGCAAAACAGAUGCAGAAACGAACGAGAAAGAUUCCUUACAAUCUAAAAAUGAAGAUUGUAAAUCGGAGAAGAAAACUGAAGAUUUAAGCAAUACAGAGCAAGCGGCAUGCGACAAAAACGAAAAACCAUUAAAAGCUGAAGAUCCACCUGACAACAAAUCUGACCCACCCCUCCCACCGCCACCGGAACUAGAUACGACCGAGAAUCUGUCAGAGGAACAUCCCGAGCCCGAUCUGCCCCUACCCCCAGAGGUAUCCAACGAUGUCCAAAGCUCCUCCGGAGAGUCCAAUGAAGACGACUCCGAAUGAUUUCAAGUUUUAAUGUUCACGAGUACUGUUAGGUUCAGACAAUUUAAAACAAGUCGAAAGUCUUGUAUGUUUGUGUAUUUGAUAUUACCAUUAAUCGGCAUUUUUGAUGCAACCUAAGGUUUAUGCAAUUUUGCUUGUUAAUAGCUUUCCCCUAAAUUUUGUUAUGUAGAAAAAGUUUAUCCCUUAAAUAAUCAUUCUUCUCGAGUUUAAAUAUGUUAUUCUUUCAAUUGUUAAAUAUACUUUCGAUCAUUUCAUCAAAAUGCUGUUCAACUUGAUUGACCUCAUUAUCUGAUGCAUUUAAUUAGCGCAAUUUCGAUUUCUUAUAAUCUUCUUGUUAUAUGUCAGUAGUUUUAAACCUUUCAUAGCCAAUUUACUCGAAAGAUGUAUAAAGUACAGUAUAUUGUAAGUAAUAAAUAAAUCAAACUCUCA